AGGACCCUGAAGACCAGCAGGAGGCUAAUGAUAGCAGUAUGCUAGCAGAGGCUAGUGUUGUCACAAGGAUUCAUGAACUAGAUUUGUAAUUGUAAUACUUUAACUGAGACUUAGUCAUGUCUCAGGUGGAGAAGAAGGCAGGGCUUCUGAGGAGGACUUCAUCCUCUAAGAAACCCUUAAAAGAGAAGGUGGUGCUGAUGUAUGAUGAGAUUUUUGCAAAAGAAGACCCAGCAAAAAACAACCCCCGCUUCUGGGAUGAGCUGUUUCUUAUGAAGGUGAACCUAGAGUACCUAGAGUCUAAGUUGGAGAGUGUAGAUGGGGAGGAAGUUCAGCGGAUCCAAGACAACAUCAACUCUCUGUUCCACCACUGUGUUCAGGCUCUGGGAGAAGAGCACCAGAUCAAAGUGGUCAAUGCCCUGCAGACACUCUGUGCACUUUUCCGGGGGGUUCAUCAGAAGAACAAGUCUGCAUCUGGCUUUGACAUCAUCAACAUGCUCAUGGGCUUUGACAAGGCUGAGCAAAGGAUGAAGGACUUAAUGGAGAGACUGGACAGCCUUCUUUGUGGAGAUGGCUCAGAGAGUCUGAAGAGCCUUUGUCUCAAACUGCUGCUGUGUCUGGUGACGGUAACGGACAACAUUAGUCAGAACACCAUACUGGAAUAUGUGAUGAUCAACAGCAUAUUUGAAGCCAUUCUACAGAUUCUUUCAGAUGUGUCCAGCAGAGGGCAGCAUGGGUAUGAUGCUGUGGUCCUCCUGGCUCUGCUGGUCAACUACAGGAAAUAUGAGUCAGUGAAUCCUUACAUUGUGAAGCUCUCCAUUGUGGACGAUGAGCCAACACUAGAUGGAAUGGGUAUGGUUGUCCACCAUGCUCUGACAGAGUAUAACAGACAGUACAAAGACAAAGAGGAGGAGAACCAGGGUGGGUUCUUCUCUACCCUCACUAGUAUGGUGGGCAGCAUGUUUAUAGCAGACGCUGAUGAGAAACUCUCAGUACAGACCAAUGAGGCGAUUCUUCUGGCACUCUAUGAGGCUGUGCACCUCAACCGCAACUUCAUCACUGUAUUAGCACAGAGCCACCCUGAGAUGGACAUCCCAACCACACCUACCACCCCUACUCCAACCACACCUACAACACCACUUGGCACAACGCCGCCCUCCUUAGACAUGAUGAACAACCCAGAACUGCCUCUGGAUCCCAACCUGCAGACGAGCAACCUUCUCAUCACCUUCCUCAAGUACGCCUCCAUUGUAAUGCAGGAUACUAAAGAUGAGCAUCGACUCAACAGUGCCAGACUGUGCCUAAUCAUCCUCACCUGCAUAGCCGAGGACCAGUACGCUGAUGCCUUUCUUCAUGAUGACAACAUGAACUUCAGAGUCAAUCUCCACAGAAUGCCCAUGAGGCACAGAAAAAAAGCAGUGGACAAGAACAUCCCAUCACGUCCGCUGGUGUGUGCUGUUUUAGAUCUGAUGGUGGAGUUUAUAGUCACUCAUAUGAUGAAGGAUUUCCCCAUGGAUUUAUACUUGCGCUGUGUGCAGAUCAUCCACAAACUCCUGUGCUACCAGAAGAAGUGCAGAAUCCGGUUACACUACACCUGGAGAGAGCUGUGGUCAGCUCUCAUCAACCUGCUGAAGUUCCUGCUGUCGAAUGAGACAACACUGCUGGCCAAGCACAACAUCUUUCAACUGGCUUUACUAGUAGUGAACCUGUUCAACAUGUUUAUAACAUACGGUGACACGUUCCUGCCCACCUCCAACAGCUACGACGAGCUGUACUAUGAAAUCGUACGAAUGCACCAGGUCUUCGACAACCUCUACUGUAUGGUUCUGAGAGUAUCAACCAACACGGGCCAGUGGAAGGAGGCAGCCAGCAAAGUCACACAUGCCCUUGUCAAUGUUCGGGCCAUCGUCAACCAUUUUAAUCCCAAGAUUGAGUCGUACGCUGCUGUGAAUCACAUCUCCCAGCUGUCCGAAGAACAGGUGUUGGAGGUGGUUCGGUCCAACUAUGACACACUGACGCUCAAACUGCAGGAUGGAUUGGACCAGUUUGAGAGAUACUCGGAGCAGCCCAAGGAGGCUGCUUUCUUCAAGGAGCUGGUGCGCUCCAUCAGUCUGAAUGUGAGGAAGAAUGUCUCCCUGAACACACUGAGUCAGGACGUCCUGCUCAAAGAGUUUUCCACCAUCUCCUGAGAUGCACAGACUCAUCCAGCCUCCUCCUCCCUUCAGAUAGACAUACACAGUACAUGUGUGUGCGUGUGGACAUGAACACAUACUUUCACACACACAUUACAUCACACCAACAAGGCCAGUCCUCGAUUGUCUUGAUUUGUCCUCCUGUGAACUCAGCGAUGGAAACGAGGACAGACGCACUGACAGGCUGGAUGCACCUCAAAGAAAGACCUGCAAACUGUCUGGACUCGCUCUCUUUGUUGUUGUUGUUGUUUAUGUGUUGGUGUGUGUGAUCAUUUAUGGAAGUGCCCGUAUUGCACUGGUUCCCGGUGUGCAAUCUGCAGUAUUGACUGGACUGUUAACUGACACAUGAACGUUUGGAUGAAAUUGAAUUCAAGUAUUUUUAAUCCAAAUGUUCAUCCAACUUUUCAGCCACUGAUAAUGUUUUAAGUAGCUUCUGCUCCCUUGAUUCAUGAUUCAUCUACAGUAAUUAUUUCAGAAGAUUUAGGCUUUGAGCUAAACAUUGUGUUCUUCCUAACAACAUCUGUAAUGGUGACCCUUAAGUUUGAAUCUUACUGUAAAUCCUCUUUGAUCUGAGCACUAAUUCUUUCUUUGCGGCUGAAUGCGUGUUGUGUGAAUGUUAAAUUAAUUCUCUUCAUGUUCAGAACAUUUAAGAGUAUUUUGUGUUUACAUGUUUGCUAAGGGGUCGAACAUCUUCAGCUGUUAAGUUGAGAAUGCUCUCAAAUGAUAAAACAAAAUCUUCUUAUUGUUGUUGCAAACCUUUAGCUUUUGAACAAAGCCAUGACUAACAUUCACUACUGCACGUCACACAAGUCAUCGUCUAGCAAUUUAUCAAUGCUCAUUCUCAUUCAAAACAAUUGAAAUUAUUAUUUUUAAGUGGAAACAGAUCUUAAUUAUGCAAUUUCUUGUGGAGGGUCUUAUUUCUCUCAUCUCUAACUCCUGUAGGUAUAUUUAUGUUUCUUUUUUAAAUAAAGGUUGGUUUCCUAUUACUC